CUCUCUCCCCUAUCUUUAUCACCUUUUUCGUCUCUCAUCACUCAUACCAUCACCAUGGCUGCCCCCGCUCAACAGUUCAAGGUCGCCGACAUCUCGUUGGCUGCCUUCGGCCGCCGCGAGAUCGAGCUCGCUGAGAUCGAGAUGCCCGGUCUCAUGGCCAUCCGUGAGAGAUACGCUCCCGCCCAGCCCCUGAGCGGUGCCCGUAUCGCUGGUUGCUUGCACAUGACCAUCCAGACCGCCGUCCUCAUCGAGACCCUGACCGCUCUCGGUGCCGAGGUCACCUGGACCAGCUGCAACAUCUUCUCCACCCAGGACCACGCCGCUGCCGCCAUUGCCGCCUCCGGUGUCCCUGUCUUUGCCUGGAAGGGUGAGACCGACGAGGAGUACGACUGGUGUCUGGAGCAGCAGCUCAAGGCCUUCAAGGACGGCCAGAAGCUCAACCUCAUCCUCGACGACGGUGGUGAUCUGACCUCGCUCGUCCACUCCAAGUACCCCGAGCAGCUCAAGGGCUGCUUCGGUGUCUCCGAGGAGACCACCACCGGUGUGCACCACCUCUACCGCAUGCUCAAGGACGGCAAGCUGCUCGUCCCCGCCAUCAACGUCAACGACUCCGUCACCAAGUCCAAGUUCGACAACCUGUACGGCUGCAAGGAGUCCCUGGUCGACGGUAUCAAGCGUGCCACCGACGUGAUGAUCGCCGGUAAGGUUGCCGUCGUUGCCGGCUACGGUGACGUUGGCAAGGGCUGCGCCUCCGCCCUGCACAGCAUGGGUGCCCGCGUCCUGGUCACCGAGGUUGACCCCAUCAACGCCCUCCAGGCUGCCGUCCAGGGCUUCGAGGUCACCACCAUGGAGGAGGCCGCUUCCCAGGGUCAGAUCUUCGUCACCACCACUGGCUGCCGUGACAUCCUGGUUGGCCGUCACUUCGAGGCCAUGCGCAACGACGCCAUCGUCUGCAACAUCGGUCACUUCGACAUCGAGAUCGACGUUGCCUGGCUCAAGGCCAACGCCAAGUCGGUCCAGAACAUCAAGCCCCAGGUCGACCGCUUCACCAUGGCCAGCGGCCGUCACAUCAUCCUGCUGGCUGAGGGUCGUCUGGUCAACCUGGGCUGUGCCACCGGUCACUCUUCCUUCGUCAUGUCGUGCUCCUUCUCCAACCAGGUCCUGGCCCAGAUCGCCCUGUUCAAGGCCGAGGAUGCCGCGUUCGGCCAGAAGUACAUCGAGUUCGGCACCACCGGCAAGAAGGAGGUCGGCGUCUACGUCCUGCCCAAGGUUCUGGACGAGCAGGUCGCCCUGCUGCACCUGGAGCACGUCAACGCCAAGCUGAGCAAGCUCACCCCCGUGCAGGCCGAGUACCUGGGUCUGGACGUUAGCGGUCCCUACAAGGCCGAGCACUACCGCUACUAAGCGGGGUGUUUAAUUGAUUAUUUCCUUUCCUUUGUCGAUGUUUGCUAUACCCGGAUCUAGACCUUUGUUCAACAUGAUCACGAUGUUACGACGAUAUCAUGAGCUCUAUCAACUGCGGGCUCAAAAGUUUUGACCUUCAACGGCAUAAAAAAGUGGCAUACAGGGGUUUGAUGGGUAGUUUGGGUUGUACUGGCGG